CAGGAGGGGCCGGCUGGCUGUGACUCGUUGGCAGGUAGCGCUGCGCGCCUGCCAGCCGAUCACGCUGUUCUUCUCCGUCGGAAGGUGAUUGGGUGGUAUCGCCGAACGGCCUUCUCUCCGCCGGGCCAGCGGGGCGUUUUGCUCUCCGCGUAUCGUUGCCGCCGAGGGACAUGUGACUGCGGGAGCGGGCUCUGUAGCGAACGCCCUGGAGAAGCGGCCUGCUUCCUUUUCCUGCUGCCGCGCGAGGCCUUCAGCCCGGAGAUCGCAGGGGCGCCACGGAGGCUACGCGGCCCAGGCUCACGAUGUCGAGGCCGCAGUAACGGUGACUGGCCGAUUUGCUCCGCUCGCUCGCUCGCUCCUUCGAAGGUGCCGCCAAGUAAGACGGCUUCCGCGCUUGGGACGGAGAAAGGUAGUAUUUCUUAAGCAGAAAUGAAGAGUAAAAAGCAAUCUGUACAAAAUGCUGAAGAUGACAAACAUGAGGCUGCAAAAGGUGAAGAGAAUGAAGAAAACUGUCCUUGUUCUUCUAACUUUUUAUCUGAUGAAGAUGAUCGCUGCCCAAUCUGUCUAAACUGUUUGGCAGAGCAGGAAGUUGGCUUUCCUGAAAAUUGCAGCCACAUCUUCUGCAUGACCUGUAUUCUUAAAUGGGCUGAAACAAGGGCUUCAUGUCCAGUGGACCGCAAACAGUUCAAAGCUGUAUAUAAACUAAAUACUUCGGAAGAUUCUGUAAAGGUUCAGAUAAAGCAACAAAUAAGCAAAAAAGAUGAUCUACUCAGCUGUAAUAAGGACAGGAAUUGCCCUAUGACUAUGAAAAACUGCAAAAGAAAACAGGAAAAUGCUGGCAUAAGAUUUUUACCAGUAAUCUAUAAAAUCUGGAACCCAAAAGACAAUCCUUCAAACAAGGAAGAAGUUACAAAUUCAGUGAAGAAAAAUAAGCCUAGAAGACAGACCUGCUUGAACAGAUUCUUCAAAAGUAACUGGUGUGAUAGAUUUUCUUCUAAUAGUAUUUUCUCUAGUGAAUCUCCUAAUUAUCAGAGUGAAAGUAUAGAGAUCAGCAAAAUUGACACAGUUAUCAGACACAAAAGAAGAGAACUGGAGCUGUCUUGUUCUGUACUAGCUAGAGUGGCAAGAAUUCCUUCCAUGUCUUGUGAAGCAGAAAUAGCAACUUGUCUUGUUGUGGAAACUGUCUUUUCAAUAAGUACUUCACCUUUGGAAAACUUUGGAUCUUCUAAAUCAGGACACGUUGUUACAUGUGUCCAUGAAGGAGAAGAAAAAAAACAGACUUCUGGUACCACUGGCACAAGAGGAACAAGAAGGAAGGUUUCGGAUACUAUUCCUAGAAGACGAUCUGCCCGAAAUGUUAAAACAGAAACUUCAUGUCAAUCUCAGAGUUCACCUAAAUCCAGUAACUCCGGAUGUGAGGCCAGUGGUGAUGGUAGUUCACUUGUGAAUGUUUCUUUUACAGAAUUGGAGAAAUCAACUCCAAAACGGAAAGCAAAAAGAAGUGUUAAACAGCAGGAACCUUUGGUUAAAAAGAAACUAAGAAGUUCUGGGCAUUAUGGAAAAACAUCUAGUGAUACAGAUUUUGAUGAAUUGGAUGAGACAGAGAUAACCUUGCUAUUAGACAAAGGCAAUUUAGCAGACAGUGAAAAUAGCACCUCUGACUUUAGUCAUAAAAAUGAUAUUGAAGCUGAAUCUUCUAAUGGUUUAGAAAACUCCAAGGACUAUGUAGAAUAUAAGAAGGAACCUAAGAAAUGCCCCUGUGAAAGGCAAGAUACAUUAGAUUUCUUAGAAGCUGGUUCCUGUGUUCAAGAUCCUCCUUUGCUUGUAUUAGAAAAAACUGCUGGUUCUUGUAUUCAGGAUCUUCCUUUGCUCACUCUAGAGGGAGACCCUGAAAAAUGUGAAGAAAAGGAUGACACUGAAACUGAAAACAAGACAAAUUAUAAAAAUGCUGUUGAGCAAGGUCAACAUUUAAAUGUUUCUGGAGAACAAUUAUGUGAUGAUAAUAUUAAAUUUACUCAUCAAUCUCCAGAACUAGAUAGCCCUACCAUUGAAUUGCCAGUGAAACUGGAACCUCUGGCAGUAACACAUCAAAUAUUAGAAAGUCCUGGGAAUGAAUUAGAGAAAUCAGAAUGCACGUUAAUAAUAGAUGAUGCUUCGGCUGUUUCUAGACAUGAAUUACUGGGAGGAACAGAAUCUCUGUCAGUAACAGAUAAACCAUUGGCUGGUACUGGAAAUGAAUUCCAGGAAAAAACGGAAUCAGAAGCAGUAGCAAAUAAACUAGUGUCUUGUAACAGAAAUGAAUUAUUGAGAAAACCUGAAUCUUCAACAAUAGAUGGAAUAUUGGAAAAACCUGUGAAUCAAUUGCCAGAAGGAAUAGUCAAGGAGCCAUUAGAUAACACCUCAGGCAAAGUACCUGGGCUUUCAUUAGGUGUGGAAGAUGUUGAAAUUGAAGAAACAGAACCAAAUGUAUAUAUAAACAGUGAACAUCUAAAAAGUACUGACUUAUUAAUAAAUGUUCCUUCAAAAAAUAAACUUAAUCUAUCUUUUGUAAAUGAAGAAGAGGCAACUGAAAUUAGUACAUCACCCAAGAUAUGUACUCAAGGUAUUAAACAUUUUAAUGAAGAUGACAGUGAGAUAGUAGCUAUGGAAUGUGACUCAUUUAACAGUGACCAGAAUGAAUCUCAGCUUGACCAACCAUUAUCAAAUGACAAUGUAGAGCAGGAAGCAAAUUUCUUACAAAAUGAUAGUAAACAUUCUGUAUCAUUUUCAAAUCCUGAUCAGAAAGAAGCAAAAGAAAGUUUCACAGAUAAAAAGAUACGAACCAGAAGAUCACGAUUUCAUUCUCCAUCAACAACUUGGUCUCCAUCCAAACGAGAGGGGAAAAGAUCUCAAUCCCCAUCUCCCAAAAGAGAAAUUGUGGGGGAAGGCAGAAUGUCUCGAUCUCCCAGAAGGGAGAUCUUCAAAAAAAGUCAGAGAUCUUUAUCCAAAUCUCCUAAAAGGGAUGCUCUAAGAUCUCCAUCCAGUUCUCCCAGAAGGGAUCACCUGAAAGAAGAGAGAGAGUCUCUGCCCAGUUCUCCCAAAAAAGAUCACCUAAGAGAAGGAAGGGGUUCCCCAUCCAGCUCUCCAAAGAGGGAUUCUAUGAAAGAUGGAAGGAGAUCUUCUCGGACACGUGCUAAGGAAUCCCCUCCAAGGCACAAAUGCAGAUCUCCCAGUAGGGACAGAGAUAAUGAUAAAAAUGAAUUUAGAAGAGAUAAUGGAAGAGAAAGAAGUAGGAGGAGAUGGUCACAGUCACGAUCAAGAUCUCGAUCCAGGUCCAGAUCCAGGCCAAGAAGUAAAGGGCCUUCAUUCCCUAGAAAUGAGAGGGAUGGUUAUUCACCUCCUCGAUGGAAAGAAAGGUGGACAAAUGACAGUUGGAGAAGCCCCAGAGGAAGUGAUAGAUAUAAAAGAAAUGAACAGCAGAAACAAACAGAGUGUAUGAAAACUGAAAGAGACAGUGUAAAUAAAGAUGCAGAUAUGCAGUGUUCUUCUGAUCAGUACAGAAAAGAUUACCCAGACUGGGUAAUGGAAAGAAUAAAUUCAGUUCCAGAAACAAGGAAUAGAGAAAGAGAGAAUUUUAAAAAUCAACAGCGGGAAGAAAGUAGGCACAAUAAUUCAGGGGCUUCAUGGAGCGGAAAUUAUGGAUCAGGUUGGAAUUCAAAUCGUGGCAGAGGUGGCCGUGGCAGAGGUGGCCGUGGCAGAGGUGGUUUCACAUAUGGAGACCAGGCUGAAAGUCGCUGGCAAAAUAGGAAACCCCACUCAGGGAAUGCAAAUAGUUCUGGCAAUGAAACUUCUAGAUUUCCAGAACAUCAGCCAUACAAAUGUAAAGCAGAACAAGAUUUCACUUUUGAUACACCCGCUGAUAGAUCUGGGUGGACAUCUGCAUCAAGUUGGGCUGUAAGAAAGACUUUACCAGCCGAUGUACAGAAUUACUAUUCAAGAAGAGGUAGAAAUUCUUCAAGCCCACAGUCUGUAUGGACAAAAGAAGAAGUAGCAUCUGAGCAAGAUCCAAACUUUAAAGACCAAGCCAGUCAACAAGGUGAUGCUUCUCAGCUACCAGUAAAUGUGUUGCAACCUCAGAUGAAUGUAAUGGCACCAGUAAACACACAGCAUCAGCCGAUGAGUAUCUUCCCGUAUACAAUGGGUGUUCCUACUCCUAUUAUGAACAUUCAGCACAAUCCAUUUAACCUUCCUCCACCAGUGCCCAUGCAUCUUCAUUCAGGACUGCCUCUUGUCCAGGUAGCAGCUUCAUCCAGUGUGUCUCAGGGACCACCGCCACCACCACCACCACCACCUCCAUCCCAGCAAAUUAACUACAUUGCUUCCCAACUUGAUGGAAAGCAGUUGCAGGCUGUUCCAACUACUUCCCAUGUUGCUAACAGCAUGAACACAACGCACUUGCCUGCUCCAACAGGAGCUCUGGGAACUGCAGAAUCUGUUCAGGGGCCAAGUUCGGGCAACACAGCAUCAUCAGAUAACAUCAAAUCCUCUAAUGCUGCUGUAAAAUUGACGGAAAGGAAAGUAAAUGUAACAGUGGAAGCCAGUGCAGAUAGUUCCAAAAAAGACCAGAAAUUAUUAAUUCAAGAAAAAGCUGCACAAGAAGUAAAACUUGCUAUUAAGCCUUUCUAUCAAAAUAAAGAUAUUUCUAAAGAAGAAUAUAAAGAGAUAGUUAGAAAAGCAGUGGAUAAGGUUUGCCAUAGCAAAAGUGGGGAAGUUAACUCUGCAAAAGUGGCAAAUUUGGUAAAAGCUUAUGUGGACAAAUACAAACAUUCACGAAAGAAAAAUCCAGAUGAGGCUGUUUCUGUGGAAAGAAAAUAAAUCUAGAGUGAAAAAAAUGCCAUCAGGAUGACUGCAAAGUGCAAUUUUGACUUGGACUAUUAAUUAGAAAUAGUGGCUGAAAUCUGAUUUUGAUAAGAUUAUUUUUCAAUAUAGUGUAUAAUGUUUUGUUAUAAAUAAAUAUAGAUUAAUGCUUCAACUUUAUCCUUUUGCAAAAAGCUAUGUGAAAAGAAGAUAAAAGGAAUAAAAGACACCGCCCCCAAUUAGUAAUAAUACAGUUUGUUGAAUGCCACAUGUACAGCAUUUCUGGUUCACACAGUCUGCCAGAACACAGAAUUCAGGGCAGACAAAAUACACAUGAAUCAGGGAAAGACUGGAGUAGAUUUUUAAAUUGUAGUAACUGUUUUUUAAAUGUAUCGGUUCAUAGGCUCAACGUGUGUGUUUUAAAAGCACAUUGUAAUCAAGAGCAACUCUUAAACAGCAAAAAACAUCCCUGAAUAUCAAACAGAGGAGCUGCUGCUGCUGCUGCUGCUGCUGCUGCUGGUUUAUGUCUUUCCAUUUCUCCUUUGGAGGAGUUGCCAGUGUUAAAUCCCAGUAUAGUUCUGAAAGGCAUGGUGCAGACUGUAACCCAGCACUUCACCUUUGGGGGACCCUUGUUAUGUAUCACACACAAGAAUUUUGCAUCACGUUUUAUAUUGGGGUAUUCUUUGUCCAGUUUAAUUUUUUGUCUGAUAUGCUUCAAUACAGCAUACCUCUAAUCUUCCAACCGUUUGAAACAAACUUCUGGCUGAAUAUAAGAGGUGGAUUGUGUAAGCAACAACCCUAGUCAUAUCACCUGUGGCAAGGUAUUAGUAUUGGUUUAGGGUAUGUGGUGGUCUGAGGCAUAUGAAAUGAAAGAAUAUUCCAGCAAGGACUGCACCAUGAUGAAGGCUGCAUAAGUAGAUUGCCAAAUUCAUACCGUCAUGGGAUUAUGACCUCAUUAUAGUUUAUUGCAUGAAGCCAAAAUUAGCAGAAUAAUUGUACUGAUCUUAACUAUAUAUAGCGGGUGGUGGUGAAGGUUCCUACCUAAAGGUAAUUCAUUAAGCAUAUUGCAGUUGUAUUUGCAGUCUUGUGCUACUAGCUCUUUUUCCAUAAAUGAAGAGCUAAGGGAAUAGUAGGCUUUGGUUUAAUAUCCUUUGAAACAAGAUAUAACCCCAGUGCAGUAACUGACUUGCAGGGGCAUUUCAUUGCAGUGGGUGCAGCAGGUGUUGUACUUGGGGCAGUUAAAGGGGUAACUAGGGGGAGCAAACCAAUUGGACAUGUCUUCUUGAGAGCACUUGUGCUUGUGGCAGGCUCCACAAAAAGGCCCAAGGCAAAGGGGUCAAUCAGAAAAUUAAAGCAGAGUACUACCAAAAUUAUUAAUUCAUGUUCUGUUUCAGACAGUGAACUCUGCCUAUAUUGUUUGUGUAAAAGAUAAUAUUUAUCUUACAGAGUCUUUAGUGUGAAUCCUUUUUAUUUGCAAUCGAGCGCUAUGUUUCAGUCAUCUGAAAAGAGUUUUUGUUGGAGUAGCAUAUAUGCUAAUGAAUUUUCAAUCUAUUUUUAACAAAACUGGCUGACGCUUUCUGCAAAGUCUGUAUAAUGCAAUUUUGUUUAAACUCACAAUUUGCAUUUUAUAUUUACCUGCAUUUCUGCAUAUAUUUACCUACCAACCAUUUAAGAUGGGAUGGGAAUUGGUAGUGGCUAUACACUAUGUUGGUUUGGGGCAGCUGUGUUGUUUCUCAAGGUUUUUGAAUUUAGGAUCUGCUUCAGAAGUUGAUGAAAUCUCCCAGACUUGCGUUGCUCAUCUUCCUUUUUCUUUGCUAAGUAUAGCUCUCUUGUCUGCACCAGAUUUAAUAUGAUUCACAAACCAGAGUCUAAAAUCUAUGUUUAACCAUGGAAUUAGUUUUGUGCUUGAAGCGAAACUAACAAGGACCCAGUUUAGUGCUGAAAAGAGGAGCAAGAAAAUUCCAGUUGAGGUUGAGAAAAUCUUCAUGAUUCUAUCAGGAUGACUAUUUUGGUGAGACAAUGGAUUAGGAAGUUUGCUUAAUGCUGAGUACCUCUCAAGUGCAAUAGCAGCAGGCUUAUAGUGAACCUUCACUGUAUUUCCAAACUGAAUGAAGGGGGAUAUUGACUAGUAUGCUGUUGCCUUCUGUUUCCAUAAAUAAUUUUAAAAGUUAUUCUCUAAUAUGCAGCCUUUUAAAUGAUGGGUUUAGGCACGCAUCACUGAAAGAUACUCUGUUUGCAUUAGGUAACAAGCACUUCACCUAAUGGUGAAGGCAGGUGAUGUGUAGAGAUGUGUGGUUUCCAGUUGCAUCUAUUGCUGGAUUAAACACUGCUAGCAUAAGCCAGCAUGCAUUGCUCUAAAUAUUUCUGGGACUGGUCACUUGGCGCAGUGAUUACAUCCAGCAUUUUCCCCUCUUAUGAUCACUUCGUCAAUACUGAAAUGUUGAUUCUUGCUGGACAUCUUAUGGAGUAUGUAUAUGACGGGAUUUGGCCAAUCUAUAUUGGGGGGUUUUGUGUUUUUUUAAGAAAGCCGCUCAGCAACACUAGCUUUACCACAAAUAUAUGGAGAAAGCUUGUGCCCAAGCUUAGGGACAUUUCUUCAUUAUAGUAAGAUAGCAAUCACACACGCGCGCACACAAAAUUCAAUUGGUUAAUGCAUUAGGGCAUCUGGAAUAGACAGGAUUAGUCAGAAUAGACCUAAGUUAUUUCUGUAUUCCUGUGAUUAUUGACUGAAACCUUUAUUUCUUGCUAGUGUCAUUUUCCAACUGAUUUAAAUUGCUAUGAAAAAAGUGAUAAUUGACAUUUCUUGAAAUUGUGUGGGGAGGGGGGAGAGAAAUGGUGCACUGAGCACUCAUUCCAGUCUUCUGGUGUGCAUGUGGCUUAAAUGUGUCAUGAUUUUAAAUAUAGAAAAAUUAAAAUCAGGAUCACAGUGGCUGAUGUAAAUCCAGGCUAUGGUGUCUGUAGCAUAGGGCUGGAAUAAAAUCUACUGAAAACAAUAUUCUAAAGAGUUUUAUGUAGUUCAAAAUAUUUUCUAAUAAAUUCUUUUGACUAAG